CUGUGGAGAUCCAGCAGGGAUCCAUCCAGUGUCCAUCAUGGCUGUGGUGAUCCAACACUGUCCAUCCAGUGUCCAUCAUGGCUGUGGAGAUCCAGCAGUGUCCAUCAUGGCUGUGGAGAUCCAGCAGUGAUCCAUCCAGUGUCCAUCAUGGCUGUGGAGAUCCAGCAGUGUCCAGCAGUGUCCAUCAUGGCUGUGGUGAUCCAACACUGUCCAUCAGUGUCCAUCAUGACUGUGGAGAUCCAGCAGUGUCCAUCAUGUGUCCAGCAUGGCUGUGGAGAUCCAGCAGUGAUCCAUCCAGUGUCCAUCAUGGCUGUGGAGAUCCAGCAGUGUCCAUCAUGGCUGUGGAGAUCCAGCAGUGUCCAGCACAGUGUCCAUCAUGGCUGUGGAGAUCCAGCAUGAUCCAUCCAGUGUCCACUGCCGGUUCCUACAGGUGCCACGUGAGCCAAGGCAGAGCUGGGCCGACACCUCCAGGGUUGGUUCUGGGGUCUCCAGCCAUGCCUCCGAUGUCUCACAGCAAAACCCGCCCGACCCUGAUGUUUACGGUGACAAUACUUGAAAAGCCUGGAUGUUGGGAGAGCAGAUUCUUGCUGCUUUUCUGCUGGAUGUGCGGAGUCCUUUGGCACAGGCUCCCUUUGGGUGUCUCUGCCAGCGUUUGCCGCCUCACCCAGGGCCAGGACUUGCAUUUCCACUGGGAAAGGGAGAGAAAUCCACACUCCAGGCAAGAGCAAACCUUAACCAGCACCCCUGGGCCAGGCAGCUCUGCUGUCGUGUCUCUGUGUCAGCGUCUCGUUGUUCUCUUCAGUUCCUUGCUGGCCCCCACAGCACACGUUCCUGUGGCCGGUGACAGGCAAAUGUUUGCAAUUAUAUGGAUUGAAGCAACAUAUCCCCCCGGGGCAAAGUGCUGGGAAUGUCUUGCCCUGUUUGCAUCCGACAUUUCCAUUCCUCCUGUGGGAAGAGGAAGCUUCAGAUCUCAAAAUGGCAUUUUCUUUGCACUCACUGCAAACUGGACUCAAGGUUUGGUCAGGAGGGGGCACUUGCCUUAGAUGAAACGAUUUCACGUCCCUCUCAUUGCCCUCUUCCUCCUGCAAGGCCGCUCGGUGUUUGGAGUCUCCAGUUCACUCCGUUUCAGGUAUUCCGACAUCAAAGUGGGAGACGUCACUUUCCGGAAUCUCUCUGCCUGGUGUCACCGCUUGAAUAAUUCCGUUUAAUCUUCUGCUCAUGAGCUAUCAAAGCACCCACUCCGAGGGGGAGCGAGGUGCUAAUCAAACGCUUCUCCACCUUGAAAGCCUUUAUUAAAACCCCACAUAGGAGAGUGGAGCUCGCAGGCAAGGCUGGCCCCGCGUCAGCCCCGCUGAGGAGCUGCAGCCACCGAAGCUUGGAGGGUGUGGACGGCGAGUGGUCCAAGCUUUGCCAUAAAGGAUGGAUUUAAAGGGAGGCAGGAGGGAUCAGCACGGCCAAAGCGCUGGAAACCCUGUGAAAUCCAGCAUGGAUAUCCAUGGAAACCCUGGAUAUCCUGUCUGCAGCUGAGUGAGGAACCCAUCGUGGGGACAGCACUGAGAAACAAAACUGCUGCCGUGGCCUCGCUGCAUCCCAGCAGCAUUCCAGGUGUGGAAUUUCAGGUUUUUCCCUGAAGGAUGGCCGUGGGGACAGCAGUGCCUCCCUGCAGGGCUCGGGGCUGUGACGUGCUGGGGCGGUGCCAGCAGAGACCUUCAUCACAGCAGUGCCUUCCACACUCUGUCUUAAACUCCUGGUGGCCCUCCCCGUGUCGGUGUUCCCUCCUGCCUUCCACUGACUCCACAAAAAAUGUCCCAGUGUAGGAAAGAGUUUGGGUGGGCACGUGGAGGGCAAAGGUGAGAGGGUUUAAGGCUCUGGGGUUGCAUUCUGCCCACUGCUGGCUCUGAGCUCCUUGUGGGGGUCAGGUCUGCGUGGAAAAAGGGUCAGAGCAUCCCCUGCUCCACUGGGCACAGCCUCCAAGCAAGGUCUCACCCCCACAGGAGCCAGCAGGGAUGAGGAAGGCCAGGUUGGCACAAGGCAGAGCAGCUCCUGGCACGGUCCCUGUGCUGCUCCAGAGCCUCGAGCCCCUUCCCUGGCAGCAGCCCAGCCACGUUCUCCUGUCACUGGCUGUUCUCCAUCCAGUUUCCUGCGCUGUCAGAGCUCACCUGUCACAGGGACUCAGCUCCCCAAACUAAAUGAAAUUAAAAUAGACUGACUUGAAUAAGCUGGGCCAUCAGGGAGAGCUCACGUGUGACUGUGCCCUGGAGAGAAGAAAAAAUCUUCUGAGGAGGGUAAAUAACUGACAUCAAAGAUGCAUUAAAAUGCCACAGAGCUUCAGCCAUCUAUUCCAGAGCCACGUUUGUCCCAGGAAUUGCAGGACAGUAGUGCAGGGAGCCGUGACAUUGUAGGGAGUUGUGCGCGAGGAAGAGCUCGGAGCACAGUCCCAUCCUCAGUAAAAACACCCAGCCUGGACCCAAAGCAGAGAGCAGGGGGUCAGAGGCUGAGGGCAGAGCACUGGGGACAGCUCUGAGGCCACCUGCAUGGGCAGGAUGGUUUGGUUUUAUUGAUGAGACACUCGGUGGGGAACAAUUUGAGGUGCCCGUGUGCACAGCGAGGGCGCCGCUGGGGAUCCGCUGAGCUGAGCAACCCCAAAUGUGCCAUUUCAGUGCAGUUUGGUCAGUUUAGCUCUGCAGGGGAAGAGGAUGGGAGCCUUUGGAGCAGUUCUGGCUGUCUGAAAGGCUUUGUGCAAAGCCUCUUCACCCUGCAAAUCCCCAAAUUCAGGUGCUGCUCCUGUUCUGGGCAGGCCAUGUAACAGCUGAGGGUGGUGCCUGGUGCCUUCCUGGCUGCUGGAAGAAAGCUGGGGGUCUGUGGUGUGUGCCCUGCACCCCGGGGUGCUCUGCUGGGUGCUGGCACCGUGCUGGGUGGGGAGGUGGAGGGGUGGGGCAGUGUGGGGUGGCAGAGCUCGAUUGCCCCGUGCUGGAAAAGCCACUCCAGUCCCUCCCGGCUGUGUGCCCGCCGUGCUGAGGCGGCACCCGCGGGUGUUGUGGCCGUGCUGAGAGCAUGGCGGUGUCUCUGUGUUGUCCUUUCAGACCCCACUUUGUCCCCGUGUUUCCCAUCCCUCCCCUUCCUCUGUAACCGUGGAACAUAAUCCUGAAAAAAUUGACCUUUCUGCAGCGCUGAGGAACACGCUCCGAAGGCCCGAUUGCACGGACAAUAUCCCAAAUAUCCCAAAUAUCCCAAAUAUCCCAAAUAUCCCAAAUAUCCCAAACUCCCCGGGCCUCCCAAGGCUGCCAAAUCAAACAUGGGAACUCCUGUAUGGCCUUUCCUCUGGGAUUUUUAAUACCUCUCUUUCGAAUAAGCUCGGGAGUUUAUGCAACAGCUUCUCCAGCCGGCGUUUCCAUCCCGAGGAGGGCACACAAAGGUGCAAGAGGAGCCGUGGGGAGGGAAAAGAGUUGAUUUUGCCACGUUGUUUCACGGCUUCAGAAGAUGCAGUAAAAAUGUCCUUCUCUUACUGCUGAGUUUUUGCUGGGGGCCGUGAGGAGAAGCAGCAAAGGGAAGGGAAUGUACAGGUACUAAAACUUCUGGAGUCCCCCCAAAAACAUCACAGAAUGUAGAGGUAUCAGCCAUGGAACAGAUUCUGGUUUCUUCUUCCCCUUCUCCUUACAGACCAACCCCCACCAGUUUUAGGGGAUUUGUGUAUUGGCAGGAACAGGAAUUGAUUUGUAUCUGUGCCCAUCCCACCGUAUCGUUCUCUGGCUCCUCCCCUCCCCGAUAUACUUGACACACUGGAGUUCUGUAUUAUAUUUUUUUUUUAAGAUGAUUGUCUGUUUUUUGUUGUUUUUACAAGUGUUGUGGAAAAGAAAAACAAAUGUAAGAAAGUUUAAGUAUUUAAAAAUGUUCCAAGGAAAUAAAAGGGGGUUUUGUUAUUAUUCUAAUAUAUUAUUGUGUACCUAUUGUAAAUAUGAAACACUCCUAUUUUGCAAGCCAAGGACUCACUUUGUACUGUUGUUAUAUAUAAAUAAAGUUUACUGGUUAAAAAAACC